AUGCGCAGAGAGAAAGAAACGGAAAGCCUAGAGGAAAGCCUAGAGCCCCCCCCCGCCUCCGCUACUCUCCGGCAACUGCCACAAGAAAUCGACCGGAGUUUCGCUGCUUCCCCUUCGCAGAUCUCACCCGAGCCAUCGUUCCGCGCCGUCUCAGAUCCGAUCGAGGAGAAUGACGGCGAAGAGGAUGAUUUUGAGUUCGCGUUUAUGGUAUUAGAUCCCGACACGAGUUCAUCACUCACCGCAGAUGAGAUCUUCUCUAAUGGCCAGAUCCGCCCCGUCUACCCUAUCUUUAAUCGCAAUCUCUUUCUCGAAGGAGAGGGUGACUUGGGGCAGCCCCUGCGUCGGCUAAUGUUGGAAGAGAGGGAGAGCCCAAGCGUAUCGACGGGAUCGCUGCUCCGGUGGCGGAUUCGUGAUCUUGUCAUCCGGAGAAGCCAAAGCGACGGGAAGGAGAAGUUUGUGUUUCUGGAGACGGAGGAGAAGAAGAAGGAUAAGGGGAAGAAAGCGAUGGAUGGGGAUAUUGUAACAGCUAAUCCAAGGUCUUACGAUCGGAUUGCGCAGGUGUCGACGGCGAAACCCGGCGGCGCUCGCCGGAAGUCCUUUCUGCCAUAUAAAACAGAUAUUGUGGGCUUUUUUGCUAGUGUGAACGGCAUGAACCGGGUUCACCACCCAUUUUAGAAAAUUGUUUUUUUUUUAUUUGUUUUUUGUUGCUUUCUUAUUUUCGUUCAUGUUUUGUUAGGGUACAUAACCGGUGGUUCAUGCUUUUGAUGUUUUUUUAAAGAAUUGAUAGUGUUUGAAAAUAAAA